UAUUUUUUUCAUGAUAAACCUUAUCGUCUUAAGAAAAAAUGGAUUCUGUUCGCCAUGACAUGCUCGUCAUUCGCAAUUAUUGGCUUAAAUGAUAGUGCUAUCGGUGCGCUAAUACCACAGAUGGAAGUGUUUUACAACAAAGUGGGUAAAAGACUUCUAAGCUUCUCCAAUCUUAACAUACUAAUAGAGUGAAUCAAUAAUAUCACUAUCUUUCCUGGCAAAUAGUGGAGGAUAUUUUAUAUCUACACUAGCAUCAUCAUAUAUGAUCCACCAUAUGCCAUUAUACAUAGUUAUGAUGAUAUCUUCAUUUAGUUACGCAGCUGGUUCACUCAUAGGAACGUUUAAACCGCCUUUUGCAGCAUUGAUGGUAUCACUCAUUCUAACAGGUUUUGGAGGUGGAUUGCUAGACACAGCUGCAACAUCCGUAAUUGUUCAUUUUGAAGAUGGUCCACUUAUUACUUUAGCCUACUCGUUUUUCUCGAUAGGUGCUAUGUCCUCACCUUUCCUUGUUGGCGGCCUUCGUGAGAACGACAGUCCAUGGGAGCAUUACUUCUGGUUCCCAGUCGCGUUAGCAGGUUCGCUUUUUAUCUUGCAAUGGUUUGUCUAUCGUUCCUAUAAGACACCAACUGAAGAGGAAGGUCGUCAAAUAUCUGCGAGUGGACGCCUUCGUAUUAUUUUCACUAAUCCAAUGUGUGUUCUUGCCAUGAUGUUGAACUUGCUAACAAUGGGAAUUCAAGACUCCUGGAGCCAAUGGGCCAGUAAAUACCUUCAGGACACUAAGAAACUAGAGUCAGGAGUACCACAGUUGGCUCAAGGGACGUUCUGGGCUGGUGUUACAGUAUCACGGAUUGUUUUAUCCUACGCAAUUCCUGUAAUAGGUGAAAAUCUGUCUUCGAUAUCACUUAUCGCUUGCUUCGUUGCAACAUUGGCUGGUAUGUGGAAGUUGCCAGAGGGUAAUACGGCUGGUGCAAUAUGCCUGAACGUGCUUUUUGGAUUCGCC